AUGAGGGUGCUCUGUGCCUUUCCUGAAGCCAUGUCCUCCAGCAACUCCCAUCCCCCCGCGUGCCUAGCCCGGGUGGCUCUCUUCUUGGCUCUGUUGCUCCAUCUCUCCCUUUCAUCCCAAGCUGGAGACAGGAGACCCUUGCCUGUAGACAGAGCUCCAGGUUUGAAGGAAAAGACCCUGAUUCUACUUGAUGUGAGCACCAAGAACCCAGUCAGGACAGUCAAUGAGAACUUCCUCUCUCUGCAGCUGGAUCCGUCCAUCAUUCAUGAUGGCUGGCUGGAUUUCUUAAGCUCCAAGCGUCUGGUGACCCUGGCCCGGGGACUUUCGCCCGCCUUUCUGCGCUUCGGGGGCAAAAGGACCGACUUCCUGCAGUUCCAGAAUCUGAGGAACCCGGCAAAAAGCCGUGGGGGCCCCGGCCCGGAUUAUUAUCUCAAAAACUAUGAGGAUGACAUUGUUCGAAGUGAUGUUGCCUUGGAUAAACAGAAAGGCUGCAAGAUUGCCCAGCACCCUGAUGUUAUGCUGGAGCUCCAACGGGAGAAGGCAGCUCAGAUGCAUCUGGUUCUUCUAAAGGAGCAAUUCUCCAAUACUUACAGUAAUCUCGUAUUAACAGCCAGGUCUCUAGACAAACUUUAUAACUUUGCUGAUUGCUCUGGACUCCACCUGAUAUUUGCUCUAAAUGCACUGCGUCGUAAUCCCAAUAACUCCUGGAACAGUUCUAGUGCCCUGAGUCUGUUGAAGUACAGCGCCAGUAAAAAGUACAACAUUUCUUGGGAACUGGGUAAUGAGCCAAAUAACUAUCGGACCAUGCGUGGCCGGGCAGUAAAUGGCAGCCAGUUGGGAAAGGAUUACAUCCAGCUGAAGAGCCUGUUACAACCCAUCCGGAUUUACUCCAGAGCCAGCUUGUAUGGCCCUAAUAUUGGGCGGCCCAGGAAGAACGUCAUCACCCUCCUAGAUGGAUUCAUGAAGGUGGCAGGAAACACAGUGGAUGCAGUUACCUGGCAACAUUGCUACAUUGAUGGCCGGGUGGUCAAGGUGAUGGACUUCCUGAAAACUCGCCUAUUAGACACACUCUCUGACCAGAUUAGGAAAAUUCAGAAAGUGGUUAACACAUACACCCCAGGAAAGAAGAUUUGGCUUGAAGGUGUGGUGACCACCUCAGCUGGAGGCACAAACAAUCUGUCAGAUUCCUAUGCUGCAGGAUUCUUAUGGUUGAACACUUUAGGAAUGCUGGCCAAUCGGGGCAUUGAUGUUGUGAUUCGGCACUCAUUUUUUGACCAUGGAUACAAUCACCUCGUGGACCAGAAUUUUAACCCAUUACCAGACUACUGGCUCUCUCUCCUUUACAAGCGCCUGAUUGGCCCCAAAGUCUUGGCUGUGCAUGUGGCUGGGCUCCAGCGGAAGCCACGGCCAGGCCGAGUGAUCCGGGACAAACUAAGGAUUUAUGCUCACUGCACAAACCACCACAACCACAACUAUGUUCGAGGGUCCAUUACACUUUUUAUCAUCAACUUGCACCGAUCAAGAAAGAAAAUUAAACUGGCCGGGACUCUCAGGGACAAGCUUGUGCACCAGUACCUACUGCAGCCCUAUGGACAGGAGGGCCUGAAGUCCAAGUCAGUGCAGCUGAACGGCCAGCCCUUAGUGAUGGUGGACGAUGGGACCCUCCCAGAACUGAAGCCCCGCCCCCUGCGGGCCGGCCGGACAUUGGUCAUCCCUCCAGUCACCAUGGGCUUUUAUGUGGUCAAGAAUGUCAACGCUUUGGCCUGCCGCUACCGAUAA